AUGAGUGAUAUCCGAGACAUUUUGGAGUUAGAGCAAGGCGCUUCUGCUCCAAGCAAAGAAGCUAUUGUUGGAGGAAACAAGGUAAUGAACGCUACUCAGCCGACGUAUAAACGUUUCUGGUUGUGGGAAUAAAUUAGUAGUACUUCUGUUAUCUUAUGUAUUGAAGAAUCGCAAUUUAUUUAAUUUUGCUGUUUGGCUUAGUUUCUGUACAAUUACACGUAAUUCAGUGAUAAUUUUACUGAUUUUACAGGCAAGAAAGUUAAGAAGGGCAAACGAAUCAAGCUUCAAACGCCCAGAGGGAAUGCACCGAGAGCUGUAUGCUUUGUUGUACAGUGAUAGCAGGUUAGAGCCGUGAACAAUUCAGUCUACAGACUGUUGUCAAUUUUGAUAUCAGUACACCCAGCUAAUUGAUUAAUUUUAGUACUAGGGGUCGAGUACAGCGAAUAUGCUAAUGACUACCUUGAUAUAAGCCUAAGUGGCUAGUCACUGGGUGAUCGAUUGGAGUAGCUCAAAUCAUCUGGGGUAGUCUUAUAAUCCGAAAUGUAACGGUACAAGUUAGCAGUUUGACAGGCUUGUUGUAAGAGGAUAGCAAGUGGAGAUUACAAAAUUACCCUACCAGGUCAGGGUUGUAUGAUCCCAGUCAAUCCAAUAUGCACCUGUUUGUAUGUGAUCAGGUUUGAAAAUUAAUGAUUGUUUAUGGAGAGUUAAAAGUAACAGUUUGAUAAAAUUAAUGCUGACGUGUUAGUUAAAAAGUGAUUGACUGAAGGUAUGUUCUCUGUGUAGGGAUUCCCCACCCCUUUCGUCAACAGAUACAAGUCAUGGAUAUAAACAGAUGAAAGCAAAGCUAGGCAGACGACAUGUCAGAGCUUGGAAGUGGGUGCCUUUUACCAACCCGGCUCGUACAGAUGGCGCAGUGUUGUAUCACUGGAGAAGAGCAGCAGAUGAAGGAAAAGAUUAUCCAUUUGCUAGGUUUAACAAGGUAGGGUUGACCUUGACUCAGGGUUUUCAAUAAGAUUUUAAGUAGGUGGCAAAAGCUUUGGAGUAGGUGGAGAAGAAAAAAAAUUGCAGCAAAGGCUUGACUUCUGGAAAAAUUUUUGAAAUCUGGGGCUCUUAGAAUGCAUUUCCAGCAUUCUGGGGCAAAAAUAUUAUUAGAGUGUUUGAACAGAACACAGACAUCAUUAAAUUUUGGCUUUUUUUAUUCAGUGACAGCACAUGAAUACUUUAUUUAAACUGGGUUAAUUUCCAAAGAAUAGUGGGCGGCAAGUUCACGUAAAAUAGCUGGCAAAUUUCACCAGCCACCAGCUCUUAUAAUUGAAAACCCUGUGACUUCAUGCAAUAAUGACUGUAAUAUUACAAUCAACUGUCUGCCUUACAAUUAUAUUGCAUUUGCUGAGAGAGAGUUGACUGUUUUAUUAAAACAAUAUGAUUAUGAGAUUGUAAUCGUCAAUCAUCAAUCUAUGAACACUGAGUGAGGGUCAAGUAGGCUGUUUCAUAGAAGUUGCCAGCUUAUUAAUAGAGCUUUGGCCAAAGUUGCUACAAGCAGUGCCAGGGAUACUCUGGAAGCAGAGACCCUUCAAUCGUCCUGACUUACAGUGCUGUUUCUAGGGUAUUCUAGAAAGUGAUAGUGGAAGUGAUAUUUAGAUUUUGAUCAACAUUAUUUCUUAUUACAGAAGAUUAAGUUACAGUGACUAUGAGCUUUGACAUCUGUCUAUAGAACAGAGGAUAACCAAAGACAUUUGAUAAUUCUUUUUUUUUUACAGAAAGUUGAUGUUCCAAGUUAUACAGAUGAAGAAUACCAGGUUUGACUCAAACAAACUAUGAUUCUCAAAAUAAGUUCCUUGUUGCUUGGGGAAAUUUCCUUUUUUGGGAUAAAGGAUGAAAAUGUUAAUAUAAAAUGAAAAGUGUAAGUGUCUUGAGACUGUCAAUUGACAUUGUACUUGCAGGUACACCUCUGUCUAACUUGCAUUGUGCUUACAACAAACCUACAGCAUAAAAUCUGUCAUAAACCUUCCUCUGUUGUUGGUUGCAUUCUGUUGAUGCAUUAAUGUUUAGUCUCAUCUAGGCUCAUUACUUUAGUUUCAUUUACAUGUAGCCUCAAAGUUACCCCAAGCCUGUAAACUGUAAUGUCAGCAUGCAUAUUCUCGACGCCCUUUUCUAUUUUUUUUCUUGUGCUGUUGAGGAGAAUUUAUUCUAUGAUUAAGACUCUUUUUACUUUGUCAUUGUGUCCUAAGAACCAUUUUUAUUUGAUUAAUCAGUGAGUUGAAAAUGGGACAUUAGAGAGAUUAAGAUUCAUGUUUACCGCAAACGUCAAUUGUCAGACUCAAGUUGAGAAUUUCUCAAAAUAGCAAAUAAGCAGAUAAAAACAGUCCCAAACAAUUCCUGUGGUUAAAACUGGCAUAACACUACUUAUUUUUGUGUAGAAGCAAUAAAGAGUAAACCGAAAAUAAGGGGAAAACUUGGUCACGCGGUAGAAAUUCACGUCUUAAUCUCUCUAUUAUGUGCGACACUUACUCCUAGGGUUCAAUGAUUAAACAUAAAUUUUUCAAAUUGAACAGAUGUGUCUCCAUGAUGGACCCCCCUCAACAUGGACACGAAGUGAGACUGAUCACUUGUUUGAUCUUUGCAGGUGAAAACAAAUGAAAUAUUACUUUGAUAUGGAAACAUUAAGGGCAGUUUUUUUAUACAACACUGAUAUAAACAGUUGUUAAGAUCUAGAAGCAAAACUCCUAGCUCUGUAAAUGUUGCAUCUGGUUGAUUGCCAGCCAAACAAUUCAGUAUGUUCUAUUAAUUUCUUUUCUUUUUUUGUUUUCCUUCAGACGAUUUGAUCUUCGUUUUAUAGUGAUACAUGACCGGUUUGACAAGGAACAGUAUCAGGUAUUUUUACUGAAAUUAUAGACUGUUAAUCUCUUUCAUUGUAAGUGUUUUACGCUUUUGCACUUUAUUUUCCUUUACAAUCCAUUUAGUAACCUUUGUUGGAAUUGCACAGAACAGCAAUAUUACAUUGAUUGACAUUGACAUUGACAUUGAUUUGAACUGCAUAACUUAUAUUCUUGCUGCAGGCUAGAACCAUUGAAGAAUUAAAGGACCGCUAUUAUAGCUGUGUUACAAAACUUCUUAAGGUAACUUGGGAUCAGAGUCUAAAAAUGUAAUUACAAAGGGCAGCAAUCGCAAGCUCUCAAAUAAACCACAGGAGACCCAGUCUAGUAGUAUGUGAAGCAUCUAGGAGAAAUGCUAAUCCUGGUAUUGAAUGCUAUUGUAUUGCAGGUUUGCACAUUAUUUUAUCAGCUUUCUGUAACAAAGAUUGAUAUGGAGCAUAUCUUCUUUCUGGAUGGGAUACUGGACCAUCCCCAAAUUUUUCUCUCUCCCCAGCAUUUUAAAGAAAACAUUACACUAAUAUAAUACAGUUUUUAUUUUGGAAUCAAAUUUUUAGCAAUAAAAACUUCAUGGACAAUUUAUUGUUCCUGUAGGCAAGAGCUCCACCUGGGCAAGAAGCACAAAACUUACCGUCAGCAUACGACAGCCAACAUGAAACAGAAAGAAAAAGACAACUUUUAAAGUUGUUUAACCGUACACAAGAACAGGUAAAUUUACAGCAAUUUAUUUUUUUUGUUAUAGUGGAAGUUUAGGAUUAGCCACAUCUUUGUUCUUACUGUAUUUUAAUGUUACUUGUAAUGUUUUAGAUGAAUACUUCAGACACAUUGCAAAAUGAAUGGAUUUAGGUUGUCUUCAUGCCUUUUUCCUUCUGUUCUAUGUGAUUUAUGUUUUGUGUAAGAAGUUUUAACCAGUGGUAAUGUGUUCCUAGAAAAACAAUAAUUAUCCAUACCUACAAUGUACAACAUGGAGGGUCAUUGCAAAUUCUAUGAGUGAGGAAGGGUCUUCAAGUUCUAAAUUUUUAAACGAAAGUAUGAAUCUGAACUGGAAUUUCCAAAGGGGAGGGGGGUUCAAACCAAUAUUUGGAGCAUUGAUUUUUCUGAAACAAAUUUUUUUAGGUCCAAGAAGAGGAAAUGCUUGUUGCGGAACUGAGGAAAAUUGAAAUGCGUAAGAAAGAGAGGGAGAAGAAACAGCAAGAUCUACAAAAACUUAUCACGGCUGCUGAAAAUCAGGCUGACUCGUACAGAUUAAAGUAAGCUAAGUGUUUUUGGUCAUUCUAAAGUCAAAUUGAAGUGAGAUGGACAUUUGCUUGAAAUGUCAUUUACGCUCUGUUUACUUUCUAAUUUGCUUUUGUACAGAAUUGUUGUUUGCUCACUCUUUUUUUCCUAUUCCCAUCAAUCUCCUUGUUUUGUAAGCUAUUAUCACAGUUUAAGAAAACCAGUAGGAUUAUGGUGCAUUUUGUCAAGUCAAUCAACUUUAUUUUUCAGGAGAGACAAGAAACCCAUCAAAAAGAAGCCAACCAAGAAGAAAGGAGAACUACCAGACAAACCAACCAAGGUGACUACCUCAAAAUUGUUAAUAAAAAUAACUAAUUUUAAUGUUCGUGAUAAUGUUUUCUGCAUAUUCCUACUGCUCAUACAACCUGUAUUCAGCAAGUAGAUAAUAACAAAUGCGAAAAAUGUUUUGAGGACAUACUGUGACUGAACUCCAGUCCUUUGCAGCAAAUCAUGGAAACUAACAUUGCAACAUAAAUGUGUUCUGGGAUAUUACAUUAUGUAAAUCAUGACUUCUGUUAAUUGUUUUGCAGGCUGAAUCAUCUGGAGUCAAAUUUCCCGAGAGUAAGGGUGCUGGUGUAUACCUACGCAGUAGCAGGGUAAGA